AUGAUCACCACGGCCCCCCGCCUCCAGGUCCGCCGCCCAUCCCCCACGGCCGCCGAGUUCACCGUCACGACGCUGCCCCCGUCCACGCUGGCCCUCCGCCUCCUGCGCGCGCUGCUGCUGCUGCUGCGCGUCUGCCUCGCCAUCGCCACGCUGCUCGCCCUGCGCGCCCGCUGGGCCGUCUGCCCGCUCGCCGCGCCGCCGCCCGCCGUGCCGCUCCCCCGCCCGCCCGCCCUCGUCUCCGCGCAGGGCCUGUGGUUCGCCCUCGACGCCUGGCACCGCUCGCCGCCCGGCGCCGCCGUCGCCCGCGCCGCCGCCCGCGUGCCCCUGCCGCUGCUCCUGGCCGCCGCCGCCGCCGCGCUGUGGCUCGUCGGCCGCCGCGUGCACGCCCGCGAGUCGCUGCUGGUGCUGCGGGGCCUCGGCGUCCAGACGUCCGGCUCGCCGGCCUCCUACUUUGCCGCCGCGUCGACGCGCUUCAUCCCCACCGAGAAGAUCCAGGACAUCUUUGUCAACGAGGCCUUUCGCGGCUUCGAGGUCCGCUACUACCUCGUCGUCGUCGUCGAGGGCGAGGACGAUGUCGUUGUCGUCUUUCCGGGUCUGCUGCCCCCGAGGAGGAUUGUCGAGACGGUGUGGAGGGGCGCCCGCGAGUGUCUGUACGAGGGACGCGUCGAAGACAAGGCAUAG